UUGAAACGCGUUUCAGCAGUAACUUCCUCAAUCGCAGCAGCGCAAACAGACAAGUCAGUAUAAUAAUCAACAUGGCUUUUUCGGUGUCUUGGCUAUGCUUUCUCCUACUUUGCCUAGUUGCGUUCAAUGAUGCGUGGUUAUUUAGCCGCAGAAGAUCUAGAAGACGCAUUUCGAUUAGAAUAACCCGGUGCGACUCGAAGCGAAAUUGCGUUUCAUGUACAAAUCAUAAGAGCUGGUCAGGACAGCCAUGUCGUUGGUGCCCAAGAGAUAAAAAAUGUCACGCGCACGGCGCAGUCUUCACCAACCCUUGCUCAAGGUCAGAAAAUGUUGUAAGUGCGAGUGCUUGCAAUAGUAUUGUUACUCCAAAUUAUGACAGCUCAUUGGCAUUCAAAAUGGUUUAUCUCUCUGCGUUGGCGUACGCUGAUAAUGUCGCUAAGAAAAUACCAAGAGCAACAGAGGUAGGUUGGUUGGGUUUCACCAUGGGUAAUAAAAGCACUCUUUCAACUAUCCAUGUUUUCAGUCAGCGUUACAAGGCAGCAGACGGUGGGCAAUUUCAGAGCUAUUGACUCUUAUAGGAAGAAGAAAACUAGUCAGUUUCUCACAGUGCUGAUAUGAAAUAUGUCGGUUGACCAUCAUUGGCUACACGACACUGCAUGCUGACAACAAAACUAACAACCUAAUAUAAGUUCAGAGAAGUAGAGAAUUCGGAUAUUUGGAAGUUUGUUCUUUUCGUUACAACUUAGUAUUGGAUCUGCUCGACUGCUCAUUCUGUUUCCAGUCCUCUAGAUCUCUGAGGUGAUAUUGGACCACCGUUAGGAAUUAUCCUUACUGCGCCCCAUGAUUUUUAAGUUGGGUUUCCUCCUGUAGUAACACUGGAUCAACAAGAGACGGUUCUUACUGCACGUCAAGGGAGAACAGUUUAAAACUGAUAGAUUCUAUAUCCUGUUUACAUAGAGUUAUUGAGUUAGACUCCUCAAGGAAGAACAGUUUAGAACUGCACCUAGUAGGAAGAACAGUUUAGAACUGCACCUCUAGGAAGAACAGUUUAGAACUGAUAAAGUUAUCCUGUACCGUACAUGAGCAUUUCGUUCAAUAUCAUAUUUAGGUGGCUAGCUUCCGUCUGGUUAGACAGGUCACAAAGCCUUGUGAAGGAAAUGCAAAAUGUUCGGGAUUCGUUGCAGUUUCCCAUACCGAACGCGCAAUUGCUGUUGCAUUCAGAGGCUCUGAACAUUUCAAUCAAAUCAAAGUACAAGCACUGAAGAUAUUAACUGUCCCUAAAGUACGUUUCCAGGCUGGUGGAAAGGUUCAGAAAUAUUUCAACGAUGCAUUUGUUCUGAUUUGGAAUGAUCUCAAGAAUUAUGUUUAUAGAGAGAUAAGAAGGUAGGCUUUUGUAAUUUACGAUUUAGCUAGGGCUUUGAAAUGAAUAUAACUCGUACGCUACCUUCAGACAAAGUGCUUAUCUUUUUCUUGAAGCCAAAUCAAGACGUGCGUUGACAUGCGUGUUUAUAUCAUGAUUGACUGAUUGAGAGCUCUUCGCACGCGCGAAAAGACUGGGACUGGCCUUCAAGUUUUGCGUAAAAUUUCCGGUUGGAGGCAACUUUGUACCUAGGGCUUCUGCGAUAAGCGCAGAAUCCCUGGGUACGAGGUUGGUUGGAGGUAGCGUUUCAUUCUCGUACCCAGAGCCCUUCUUACGCGCGGUGCGAUGAGUGGCUCUGGCCAAAUCCAUAUCCGAACUGGCAUCUAAUUGGCUAGUUCUAACACUGGAUAUUGUUUUCUUACCAUGUUUUUAUGGUAUCCAGUUAUGGAUUUGGCCAGAGCCCCUCGUCGCGCUCGGUCGAACGCGCGUAAGAAGGGCUCUGGGUACGAGAAUGGUAGCGUGUCAGUUAUAUUUAUUUCAAUAUUUGGGGCAUCUCGCUAAAUAGGACUAAAUGUUCUUAUGUUCUUAGCGAAAAUUACACAUUUUUAGACUGGAAGAAGCUGGUAAAAUACAACCAUAGACCCUCCGGUUACAUAUCUCGCGGAUGCACCUGUCAGGUGUAAAAAUGUAUUUAAUAAUUAUAAUUACAAAAACCCUUCAACAUUCACGUCUUUUGUAUAAAACGAUGUCGGUAUAAAACAAUGAUUGUCUUGAUUGAGCUCAUUCGGUAUUUUAAGUAACCGUCCAACAACGAUGAAGAUUUAAUGACAAAGGAUUUGUGCGCGGUGAGGUACAAAUUCAACAUCAACAAAGGCCUUCUAUUCUUUGCAGGGCUUCCAGAAUAUUAUAUGUGUAUGCGACUUUCACCUCUGAAACCAAAUUAUGGCAGUUAUAUAUAAUUUAAUUAUUGCGCAUGUCAGAGCAGCGCUUCCAGUUUGACUCCACCAAACACCACGGGUUUUCUCCAGGUAGUUUCCCCCUGUUGUAACACUAGUCAAUGGUACGUAAAGUUUCGUGCAUUUUUGUGUUAAGGUACCGCAACUACAAAGUAUGGGUUACUGGCCACUCUCUUGGUGGAGCAAUAGCAUCUUUGUCAAGCACAGUUCUACUGUACGAGCGACGCACACCUAAAAACAACCUGUUCUUGUACACGUUUGGUCAACCUAGAGUUGGGGAUUACAAGUACGCCUUACAACACGACAGACUGGUCCCAAUUAGCUUCAGAGUUAACCAUUACCGAGAUCUUGUAGUUCACCUGCCAACCUGUAAAACAUUGCUACCUGGGACGCCAUGUAUUGCUUAUACAGGGGGGCCCUAUCAUCAUGGGAAGGAGAUUUACUAUGGCAACGCGGUGAUGACGAAGACAUCGUCUUAUAAAAAGUGUCAAGGAUUGCCACAUAACGAGGACCUCGGAUGCAGCAACAAUCCUUCAGUCUGGUCCAAGUGUUUUACGUCUGGAUUCAAGAAUUGUAUUAAUGAUCAUUUGUAUUAUUUCGGAGUCAAUGUUGGCAAUUGGUGGAAGAACUGAUUUUUUUUAAAGAUUUUAAAAGGACUUAUAUUAUUAUAAAAUAACACUAUAUAGCACAUAGUAGAUGUGCCGCGUAGUUUAAAAUUUACUGAUAUACAUUGGUUUCACUAUCUGUUGCAUGCUUGAUAGUGCUUGGUGAAAUCCACAUAUAUAUGCUAAAAUAUAACUUUGUAACGAAACCAAAUGGGACAUAAAUAGAUAAACAGGUAAAUUAGAAAUUUAUUAACUUUUUUGUUGCGCAAACAUUAUAAAUUUAGACUUAAGUGAGCAACGUUCAUAAUUGUAGACUUUCAGUGCAAACAUUAAAUUCUUGUUUUAAGA